ACCGGUUCUAACUUUACUUCAGGUCAGAGUGCUUCUGCAUGCCGACGUGGUCAGGCGUUGGACCUGCGUCCAUCGAAACGACGCGGAUCACGGCGCUCUCCGACUCGGCGCUGCUCUUAUCCCGCGUGCUGGAGCGAGAGACGCGAAAGCAGAGCGUCAUCAAGCGCGUGCGGCAACCCGCAGGGCGGCGCCCCGCCCAAUCCACGCUCUUGCGCAAGGACUCCUCGUCUCGCGGCUGGAACCUUCUCCGCAAGGUGUCGAUCUCAAAAACGAUCACUGACGCGCGCCGCGGGUCUGGCCACGGUCUGCCCUACAUUCGCGUCGAGUCCCGCAUUGCGGGCGUGCGACGCAGGAUUUGGACCAUGUUCAACGACCCCAUGUCCUCGCUUUUGGGUCGGUACAUUUCAUUUGUGCUGCUGUGCGCAGUCUUUGCCGGCAGCCUCAUUUUUGUCCUUCAAACCGAGCCGUCGCUGAGCACGUUUGCCGAGCAGCUCACGACCGCCGAGCAUGUGUGCAUUUACCUCUUCUCGGUCGAGUUUGUCGUCCGCGUGGCGUGUGCCCCCCAUUACGUGUCGUUUUUUCUGGAUAUUUUCAACUGGAUUGACCUCGUGUCCGUCAUGCCUUUUUAUCUGGAGCUCAUGCUCAACAUGAAAAGCGCCUCGUCGGUCGGUGUCAUUCGCAUCAUGCGCUUGCUGCGCGUUGCGCGCAUCCUCAAACUCUCGCGGUAUACGUCGUCGAUUCAAACAUUCAUGCGCGCCAUCACGCUCAGUGCCAAGCCCCUCUUUAUGCUCCUCUUCUUGAUGGCGAUCGCCAUGAUGGUUUUUUCAAGCGCCAUGUACUUUGCAGAGUACACUGAGAGCGGGUGUCGAUUGGCGCAGUACUCCAAGGUUUGUUCCCUCAACCAAGUGCCGUUGCCCCCGGAUCCGUGCUGCGACCCCAACCCGUUUUACAGCAUUGCGGCGGCGUUUUGGUGGUGCAUUGUGUCGAUGACCACGGUCGGCUACGGCGACGACGUGCCUGUGACGCCCCUCGGGAAGCUCAUUGCAUCGUUCACGAUGAUGUCGGGCAUGCUCAUCCUCGCCUUACCGAUCAGCGUCAUUGGCUCCAAUUUUCAGCAAGUCAUGAAGGAGGCACUUCAGUCGACGAUGAAGACCAACAUGGCGCUGGUCACGGGCAAAGAGGUCUUACGGCGGGACGAGAUCAAGGAGAUCUUACGCAGCUACAACAUUGUCGGCGAGCACAUUAAUAUCAACCCGGACGAACUCAUUGCGCUGUACGACGUCAACCACACGGGCACUUUGGAAGACAACGAGCUGCGACGCUUUCAACAUGACCUGGAAGAGCUGCACAAGACGAUGGAAAUGCAUCAAAUGCACAUUGCACCGACGCUACACGACAAGUCGCGACGGUUCACGCAAGCUGCGACGCUCUCACGCCUGCAACAGGCAACGGACGAGAAGGACGAGCACAUGGACAUGCUCGACGAACUCAUCGAGAUGCGACUUCUCGAGUCCGAAGUGCGCAUUGAAGCGCAGCUCAACAAGAUUGUCAACCUCCUCGCGGGGCUCGAGAAGCGCGUCGAGCUGCUUCAAAUGUCCUAGUUGUGUCAUCCUUUCUGGUCAAUCUAACUUACAAGCACGUCGUCGG